AUGGGAAUGCUGUUCGGCCAGCAGGCGGGGCGGCGCACCCCGGUGUGGCUGGGGCCGCUGCUCGGCGCGGAGUUCUUCAAGCGGUGCGCCGAUCACCCCUAUCUGGUCAAGAACGAGUGCAACCAUUACUGCCUCGACUGUGCGGGCGAGGACGACGCCGUCUGCUGCACCCUGUGCGUCUCCGGCCACCGCAACCACCACGUCGUCCAGAUACGGAAGUCGUCGUACCGCGAAGUGAUCCGGGUGGCGGAGCUGAAGGCGGUGGCUGACAUCUCCCUGGUGCAGACGUACGUCAUCAACUACGACAGGGUGGUGUUUCUGAACCGGCGGCCGCAGGCGCCGCAGCAUGGCGUCAAGUGCGUCGGCCCUGCCGGGGCGUGCCGGGAGUGCGGCCGGGGACUCGUGGACGCCAACUUCCGUUUCUGCUCACUGAGUUGCAAGCUUGAUGGAAUGGUGUCAAAUCCCAAUUUGACAUUCAUGAUUGAUCCGAGGCGCAACCGGGGAAAUUCAGGCUCAAACACAGAAGAUGAAGGCGAGGCCGAUGAUCUGCAGGGGCCUAGCGACCCUCCGUGGGGAUGGAUCAGCUACCGCCGCCGGCCCCGGAAGGGUGUCCCUGAAGUGGCACCCUUCUAUUGUUCUUGGUUGUUUUUGGUCAGUUGUCACCAAUUUUGA